AUGCAAGACUUUGUGAAGAUCUUAGGACGAAUAGUGAAAAAGCAUGCAAUUGCUGAAGAUGAUGAUAAGGAACCUACAACAUACUUCUUUUCUGAUGCACUGGAUGCCGUUGGCCAUGCAGAGGGUCUUCCCUUUGAGACCUCCUUUCAUUCAGAUAUGCGCUUCCUUCAAGAUGAGGAGGAAAGGCAUAAAGCCCAGAAGUACUGUGCCAGCAUUCAACUCCUUAAGCCCUUCAGAGUAACCCAUGAACAUCAACACCCAGUGGACAAUGCAGGACUUUUUUCUUUUAUGACACUCAGCUGGCUAACCUCUUUAGCCUGGAAAGCCUUCAGAAAAGGGUCCUUGGAGAUGCACGACAUUUGGGGUCUUUCAUGCUAUGACUCUGCAAUGAUUAACUGUCAGAGGUUUGAAUCCUUAUGGCAUAAAGAACUGAGCAGCAAAGGGAAAGAGAGAGCCUCACUGACUUGUGUGAUCUGGCGCUUCUGCAGAACACGGGCUAUAAUCGCCAUAUUAUCUUUGUUAUUGUCCACAGUUGCUGGGUUUAUUAGUUCAGCUGUUAUUAUCCGUAGUCUGCUGGAAUACUCCCAAAGUUCAGGGUCACAUAUGUUAUAUGGGCUCAUUCUGAUUGGUGCAAUCUUCCUGGUGGAACUAACACGCUCCUGGUCCUUCAGUCUCAUGUGGGCUCUCAGUUAUCGAACAGGAACACGACUGCGAGGAGCUUUGCUAACAUCUGCCUUUACCAAAAUUUUGAAGCUCCACAACACCAGACACAUCAGCAUUGGAGAGCUGGUGAACAUCUGUGCAAAUGAUGGCCAACGUCUCUAUGAUCUUGCGACAGUUGGAUGUCUUCUAGCUGGAGGACCUCUUCUCGUCAUAAUUGGUGUCAUAUAUACUUCUGUUUUCCUGGGGCCAUCUGCUCUUCUAGGAACAGCCAUCUUCAUUCUCUUUUAUCCACUUAUGAUUGCGGUGUCAUGGCUGACAGCUCAUUUUCGCAGAACUUGUGUGCUAGUCACAGAUGAUCGUGUGCGGCUUAUGAAUGAAAUCCUCAACUAUAUAAAGUUCAUCAAGAUGUACUCCUGGGAAAUUCCAUUUUCACGCAGUAUUCAGAAAAUCCGGGCAAAGGAACACAAAAUUCUGCAAAAGGCCGGUUUUAUUCACAGCAUCACAGUAGGUCUGGCGCCUGUCAUCGUAGUCAUUGCCAGCGUCAGCACCUUCAUUCUCCACAUGUUCUUGGAUUAUGAUCUAAAUGCUUCACAGGCCUUUACUGUGUUCACAGUUUUCAGUUCUGUGUCAUUUGCACUCAGGACUACACCUCUUUCUGUGAGGGCCGUUUCUGAAGGUUCUGUGGCCAUCAAAAGGUUUCAGAAGUUAUUGAUGAUAGAGGAGCAACAGAGUAUUGAAAUGAAAACACAAGAUUCUGAAAAUGUCAUUGAGUUCAGUGGGGCAUCAUUUGCCUGGAGUGCAAUACGACAAAGAGAAUCGCCUGAGCGAUUUGGCAGAGGAAACUUACAAGAUGAAACAAAAACUGACAAAAAAAGGGAUCUGACUUUGUAUAUUCGGGCAACAAAAGACAAUGAAUUGAGGAUGGAGCAAGAUAUACAGCAGCUGACACUCAGCAUUGAAGAGGAGAGCGCCGAUGCUCCAGGAGCCCCCAAUCCACAGCCUUACACCACCCUGAACAAAACCUUACGCAAUAUCAAUCUAUACGUCAAAAAGGGCAAAUUAGUAGGCAUCUGUGGAGGAGUAGGAAGUGGGAAGAGCUCUCUCCUUUCAGCUAUCCUAGGACAGAUGACUCUUACUGAAGGCACUCUAGCAGUUAGUGAAGGGAUAUCUUACGCAGCUCAGCAGCCUUGGAUUCUAAAUGAAUCUCUCAAAGAAAAUAUUUUGUUUGGUGAAGAUUUUCAUGAAGACAGGUAUAAUGCUGUCCUGGAUGGCUGCUGCUUGCUCCCAGACAUUGCCAACCUGCCACAUGGAGAUCUAACUGAGAUUGGUGAACGUGGAGCAAAUCUUAGUGGUGGCCAACGGCAGCGGGUCAGCUUGGCCAGAGCUAUGUACAGCAGUCAAAAUCUGAUGCUUCUUGAUGACCCUCUUAGCGCUGUUGACACCCACGUAGGAGCACAUCUCUUUCACCAAGUUGUUCGAAGUGCUACAAAAGAGAAGACCGUAAUCUUUGUGACCCAUCAAAUUGAGUACCUAGCAGACUGUGAUGAAGUCCUGUUCAUGAAAGAUGGCUGCAUUACAGCACAGGGAAGCCAUGCUGAUCUAAUGAAGUACAAUGGUGAAUAUGCUGCUCUCUUCCAGAACCUGCAACAAAAGGAUUUGAUACAGAAAAGUAAGCAAAAUACAAGGCAGAAAAGAAAAACAUUGGAUGGCCAGGCGCUGAGCUGCAGCAGUUUACCCACCAUUUUGUUAAACAACCCUGGAGCAGGUCAUCUGAUGCAGACCGAGGAGAAAGGGACAGGAACCGUGCCAUUCUCCGCAUAUAAGACCUACAUACUUGCGGCAGGGGGUUACGUUGUUUUUUUUUUCACCGUCAUAGCUUUUUUGCUGACUACAGGCAGUAUUAUCUUCAGUACCUGGUGGCUCAGCUAUUGGAUUAGACAGGGCAGUGGGAAUGUCUCCAUUACUUUGGAUAACGGGACUCAGAGGAAUAGUAAUAUGAGAGAUAAUCCGCAGAAACAUUUUUACAUAAAAGUCUACGCCUUGUCUAUGUGCACAGUUCUCCUCCUUAAAGCUUUCCGGGGCUUUGUGUUUGUAAAGUGUACUCUGAGAGCUGCGUCAAGACUUCACGAUUUGCUGUUCGAAAAAAUUCUCCAAAGUCCAAUGAGUUUUUUUGAAACCACCCCACUCGGACGUAUUCUUAACCGGUUUUCUAAAGAUAUGGAUGAAGUGGAUGUGCAGCUGGCUAUGCAGACAGAACUACUUCUUCAGAACCUCACACUGGUCGUCUUCUUCCUCGGAACUAUAGGCACGGUGUUCCCAUGGUUUCUCAUGUCACUGGUCCCGCUGGGCUUCUUCCUUUACCCUAUUAAUAAAAUUUUCAGGGUGAUGAUCCGUGAACUCAAGAGACUGGAUAACAUUAGUAUAUCUCCAUUCAUCUCUCAUGUUACAUCAAGUCUACAGGGACGCAGUACUAUCCAAGCUUACGGCAGAGAGGAGGAGUUUCUCAAUAGGUACCAGGAGCUACUGAAUUCUAACAUGGCAGCUCAUUACCUAUUCACCUGUGGGAUGCGCUGGCUCGCUGUACGAAUGGACUUCAUUAGUAUAUUUAUCAUUACACUUGUUACUGUACUCAUCAUUUUUAUGCAUGGACAGGUUCCACCUGCUUACGCCGGCCUUGCCAUUUCAUAUGCUGUUCAGUUGACAGGACUCUUUCAGUUUACUGUGCGCCUUCUUGCUGAGUCAGAAGCCAGAUUUACAUCAGUGGAAAGGAUCAAUCAUUACAUAAAGAAUUUAGAAUCAGAAGCUCCACGGCACAUUCCCGAUUCCUUCCCCUCCUGUAGUUGGCCACAAGAGGGAGCAAUCCAGUUUCAUGGUGUGGGAAUGCGGUACCAUCCCCACCUGCCCCUGGUCCUCAACAAGCUUACCUUCAGCAUCUUCUCACAAGAAAAAAUCGGAAUUGUAGGUCGCACUGGCUCAGGCAAGUCCUCUUUGGUGCUGGUUCUUUUACGCUUAGUUGAGCUUGCUGAGGGCUACAUUACCAUAGAUGGAGUCGAUAUUGCACAGGUUGGCCUGGAUGACCUGCGGAGAAGGUUGUCAGUUAUUCCACAGGAUCCCGUGCUCUUCAGUGGUACAGUCAGGUUAAAUAUGGAUCCUUGCAAUGAAUACACAGAUACCCAGAUCUGGGAAGCACUUGAGAAAGCACAUAUGAAGGAGAAUGUAAUAAAUUUGCCUCAAAUGCUGGACUCGACUGUUUUAGAGAAUGGUGAGAACUUCUCAGUUGGAGAGCGUCAGCUCUUAUGUGUGGCACGGGCUCUGCUGCGACAAAGCAAGAUUGUACUUUUGGAUGAAGCAACAGCUGCAGUUGACCUGGAAACCGACACACUUAUUCAAGAAAUGAUCCAUAACUCCUUUAGAAGUUGCACAACUUUGAUCAUCGCGCAUAGACUGAAUACUGUCCUCAGUUGUGAUCGCAUCAUGGUGCUACACCAAGGAGAGGUGGUCGAGUUUGAUACCCCAUCUGCUCUCCUGUCCAAUGAAAGCUCACAUUUUCGUGCCAUGCUGUCAGAAGGAUGAAAGGAGCUGGCGGAUAUUUGGCAACCUGCACGACAGCAGAGAAGAGCAGCAGUGGUCUUGGCUUUUGACGCUCACAAACAAGAAGUGAAGUUGUGUACACUGACGAAUGAGCUGCAGACAAGUUAAAAAAUCAAAUCAACCUGAUGGUGAGUGCUGUGAUCUGAGAAGUGAGGUUGGAGAUACUCAAAGUAUUAAAUAAGGAAUCAGAAAAGGGAAGAGAAGAUCACUAAUCUGGGAAGUUUAGGGUUUUUUAUUGAAACUGGGAUAACGGAUCAUGAGUUUAAAAAACUUUCUAAGAUCGGAGGUAAUUACCUAUACCACACCACAAAUCUCUAACGG